CUUUUGAUUCAACACAACUUCACAAUCACAGUAAUGCGUAGGUCUCUUUAACAGCUUGUUUAUUAAUGUCUGAAGGGCUUCACUACAAAAGUGACAAUUGUGUGUAGAUGGCCGAAUCAAGAGGAUUAUUCACACAACUUGGUGAAGAUCAGGGAAAUUCAGGAUUAUUCGACACAAGAGGAAGCAAACGUCAGCCUCUAGACAGUGAAGUUCACACAAAGAAAAGAAGUGAUAGUUUUGAUUUAAAACAUCCAAAUAUGUCUUUGAGAAGGAUGGUGUUGGUGGGAAGGACUGGAGCAGGGAAAAGCUCGUCUGGAAACACAAUCCUGGGCAGAAAAGCCUUCAGAGCCGCCAGAAAAGCUUCAUCUGUGACCAAAGAGUGCUGGAAGGAGACUGGAGAAGUGGCUGACCAUCAGCUGGAGCUGGUUGAUUGUCCAGGGAUCUUUGAUACGUCACUCUCAGAAAGAGAAUUCAUGAAAGAGAUCAGUAAGUGUAUAAACAUGACGGCACCUGGACCUCACGCCAUCAUCCUGGUCAUUCAGGUCGGCCCGUUCACUCAAGAAGAGAGACUUUCAGUGGAGAAGAUCAGAACUGUAUUCGGAGAAGAAGCAGAUAAACACACACUCAUCCUCUUCACACACGGUGAUGAACUGACCGAACCCAUCGAUCAAAUUCUGGAUGUAGCAGGACCUGAACUAAACAAACUCGUAGAAUCAUAUGGCGGACGGUAUCAUGUGUUCGACAACAAAGAAAUCGAUAAUCGCAAACAGGUUUUGGAGUUCCUGGAUAAGGUUGAUGACAUGUUGAGCAAGAAUGGAGAUCAAUAUUACACCAGUGACAUGUUUCAGCUUGUGGAAAAAAUGCUGAAGAAGAAAGAAAAGCAUCUGAAAGAAAAAUGCAAUAAGAAAAUAGAAGAUCUAACAGACUCAUUUAAGGAAAAAAAGAAAAAACUGGAAAAGGACAUUGAACAACUAAAAAAAUCCGGCCAGACAAAAGACCAGGAAAUUAAAAAGCUAGAGGAGCAAAUGAAAAUGAAGGACAGACAUUUUAAAGAGUCGAAGCGUUUUUAUGAGCAGAAACGCAAGAAUGUGAGACAGGAGGUGGAAGAUAUGCAUGUGAAAGAAAACAUCCCAGAGAUCAGCAGAAAACUACAGAAGCUCCAUGUCUGAUAUAUUUGUGACAUAAAAUGACGGAGACCCAAGUCUGGAUAUUAACUCUUUACAUGUUAUCACUGCACGUCCAGCAGAAGAGUUACAGCGAUGGACACCCUAAACUUCUUUAAUUCAGAUGACAUUGAUCUGAGUGUGUGUUGAGAUAAAGAGAGGACUGAACAUGACAUGUUCAUUGGUUAACAGUAUGUACUCUUACUAUAUACAGUGAAAAUUUUAAAUAGCUCUCAUGGGACAUUUUGUGUA